ACGGUCAAGUUUUCCCUUCUCAUCAGCGUGCAGACGGGCUCUGGGGCCCAAUCCGUACCGGAAGCGUUUUUCCUCAGGGUUAAUGUGGUCAAGGCAUGAAGUUGACUCACUUCUAUCUGGUUCCUGGGUUAAAUAUCCGUGAAGCUGUACCUUCUCUCCCCUAUAUCUCUUCAUAAGGAAGAAUUUUCUUUAGCCGUGGAAGUGAUCACCGUUGGAUAUUAUUACAUCGGAAUCUGUAAUUGGUUGUCAUUUCUUUUGAAAAUAGUGUUUCGUAACAAACGGGGAGUUCAAGACUGUGAACUGUCAACACGUUCUCCAUGACAAAAGAAAAGAGCGGAUAAGAAGAAACACUGAAAAACGCAAAGAGAAGUCACGUGAUGCAGCCCGAUGCCGUCGCAGUCGAGAGACGGAGAUCUUCACAGAUCUGGCACAGGCUUUGCCCAUGCCUCACACUACUAUAUCGCAACUAGACAAGGCAUCCAUCAUGCGACUGGCUAUUUCCUUCCUCAAAGUUCGCAGUCUUUUGAACCGGCUUCCAGAGUCUUGCAAGGCAAAGCUGGAUUCAACAAAUGACCCGUUGUUUUUAAGGGCACUAGAAGGUUUUCUGCUGGUAGUAUCAGCAGAUGGAGAUAUGAUAUUCCUUUCAGAGAAUAUCAGUGAAUAUCUUGGGAUUACUCAGAUUGAUUUGAUGGGUCACAGUAUUUAUGAAUUCAGUCAUCCAUGUGACCAUGAUGAGAUCAGAGACAUCCUGUCAAUCAAGUCGCCACUGCUGCCUGUUAUUCCUCGUUCUUUUUUUAUCCGUAUGAAAUGCACAUUGACUAGCAAGGGCAGGAAUGUGAAUCUUAAAUCAGCAACGUACAAGGUGAUUCACUGUACUGGUCAUGUCCUCACAUCACCUUCUUCAUGUAAGAAGGAAAUAAAAACAGACUGUGGGGCUGAAAGUGACACCAAUAACAAUAAACAGCAGCAGCAACAGCAGCACUGCCUAGUGGCAAUUGGAGAACCAAUUCCACAUCCCUCAAACAUAGAGAUACCACUGGAUCAUCAAACAUUCCUCAGCAAACAUAACUUGGAUAUGAAAUUCACAUAUGCUGAUGACAGAAUUGGAGAAUUUCUUGGUUACAACCCGGACGAACUGCUCGGGAAAUCAGUGUAUGAGUAUCACCAUGCUUUGGACAGUGAAGCUGUAGAGAAAGGCUUCAAAAGCUUGUUCUCGAAAGGACAGUGUGAGACUGGAAUAUACCGCUUCCUGGCGAAGAAUGGUGGUUAUGUAUGGGUUCUGACCCAGGCAACGCUUAUCUACGGCAGCAAGACUGGCCAGAAGCCACACAGCGUUGUCUGUGUCAAUUUUGUUGUCAGUGGAAUUGAACAUAAAGAUGAGGUAUACUCAUGCAUUCAGCUGACACCUGGUGAGCAACUGGUGGAGUCUGAUGUGGAGCCUGAUGUGAAGCCUGUUGUCUUGCCGGCUGUAGUGUCACGCCCACAGGUGGUUACUACCAAGAUUUUUGCCCAAGCAUCGCCUACACCUCUUCAUAUCAUUGCUCCCACCCCCUCUCCAACUUCUUCCUCUCCCACCCCUGCUUCUGAUCCAAUUUCUGCAAGUUCCACCCAUGAAACAAAAUUACCUACAUUCUCCUCAAAUACAGGACCUCAUACUGUCACAAGUAAAUUAUUUGGACUUGCUUCAUCUUCUGUGCCCUUAACACAGACUCCCACACCAGUCCCCAGUCCAGCCAAGACAGCACAGAUAUCAGAUUCUUCUCCACCCCUGCUUAUCCCUCUUUCAUCAGCAUUCUCACGCCCACAGGCUGCUACUUCAAAGAUAUUUGCACCCAGGACAGAGGAAAUGAACAAAGGCUUCCUUAUGUUUUCAGAAGAGGAACCAGGCCUAACAAUGCUCAAGGAUGAACCAGAGGACUUGACACACCUGGCCCCAACUGCUGGAGAUGUGGAUGUUCCUCUUGAAACCACCUGCUUCAUGUCAGACAUGUUUGAUGACUUUAUACUUUCUGACACUUAUUGCCCUCUUCUAACAGAAGACUUGAACACAUUGAGUGAUUCUCAGUCCAGUCAUUCAAGUUCUAAUAAAGGCGAGGGCAGCAACAGCAAUGACCCUUUCUUCUCUUACCGCGAUGAGACCUCCUCUUCUGGUGGAUCUCCCAGCUCUCAUCUUCAUUCACCAGCCCUUUCAAAGAGUCCUGGCGACUGUAGUUUGCCUUCAUUAUGUAGUCCAGGAGACCCUGGGGAUGACAAUAACAUGACUCCUUUCUUGUCCCUGCAUCUGGAUAGUACUAGCAUGUCAGACGGGGAUGAAGAUAUGAGCAUGCGUGCACCAUACAUCCCAAUGGGGGUGGGAGAUGACUAUCCCCUACUCACAUCCACGGAUCUUAUGUGGGGUGCUCUCCCAGACAAGCCACCUUCAAGUAAAACCAACAGUUCCAGUAAAAGCAGUAGUUGGUGCACAACACCAACUGCAGCUGUUACGAAGACAAACCUAGGCUCAAGUCUUGCACAGCUGUUGUGUGCUGAUAGUCCUGGACAGCGUUCUAGUCGACCGCUGCCCAUGAAAUGUAAUGACCAUGGAGGAGGCCUGAUGGAUCCUAGUGAUGUACUUGGUCAAGUUAUCAGGGAACAUAGAACAGCAUCUUCAGGUAGUGUGGAGUGGAUUGCCAUUCCAGGGCUGCCUCCCCAGCACAUACUGCCCCUGAAGGGGGGUGGUCCCAUAUCAUCUACGGCAGGCAUAAAGGGCGCAGGACCUGCAGAACGACCUUGCAAGCGUUCAUGUACUCCCACUACAGAUGAUCAGUACACUUCUGCAAUCAUCAAAAGAACUAAGAGCGAAUUGAAGGCUACCCAGAAACUGCCAUCCCAGCUGCUACAACAGCUGAUCCAGACAAGUGGUCCCCAGCAAGUAUACUCCAGGGGACCACGGGGUGACUCAGUGUGGGUUCUAGAUGGAGGGGGGACACAUAAUGGCAGUAAACAGCAGCAGCAGCAACAACAGAAACAGCCACCUCCAACACCCAGUGACAGCGUUCUCAUGAAUUUACUGGUUAGUGGUUGUGAUGGAAAUCCUCGGAAAAAGAAAGGUGGAGGACCAAACUUACAAGACUCAGCAAAAGAUGGCAGUUUGCAGCACUGUAAAAGUGCAUGUGUGCAGGAUGUUUCAAAGGUGGUUCUGAGUGAUACAGGGACAUGCAUAUUACCACCACCAGUUGAUGACGGCAUUGCACAGCGCAAAGCCAGUAUACGGAAGAACUCCUUCUCCCUGCUUGACCCAGAAGGAACCACCAUACCAUCAUUGAUUGACCUGAGUCAGCGUGACUAUGAUGUGAAUGCUCCUGUUAGCUCUGGCUUACUACAAGGGCAUGAUCUACUAAAGGCACUUGAGACUAGUUCAAAUACUCUUGUGGAUUAGUAAUGUUCUCAGCUCAGAGGCAGUGUCAGUGAGAGCAUUCGUAGCUGCAGGAUGUGUCCAUGAUUUCAGUUCUUACCAGUGUCUUUUGCCACCAGUAAACAAUUUGCUACUUAGCUUGCAUUGAUUUUAAGAUUGACUGCAGUGAGGACCUUUCGUAAAGGUGAAUGAUUUAUUCUUCAGCGAUAAGUCAUGGUAUUCUUACAUCAUCUGUAUUGCAGCAUUAUCUUGCAUAUGAUUCAAAUAUUUGACCAUGUUUCUGUCCUUUAUGCAACACUUUCAUUUAUGUUCUGAAAAUAUGGGGAUUUUUUGUGACCAUUCACAAUGUCGCUAUGACAUGUUGUGGUCAUCAUUCAACCAUCAUCAGGUAUGUCUGUGCAGUUAUUUGAGCUGGUACACUGUAUAUGAUUGAGGAAAUUGGCAUUAGAAUUAAUAUAAAUUGAAAUAAUCUGUUGUAGUUUAAAAUCAGUUCAUAUUAUAGUAAAAUCAAAAUUAAUACUAAUGGUAAUGCUAUUAUGUUUUCUUUAUAUUGUUGAAAUACAUUAUUAGAUGGCUUUUCUGUUGUUCGUAUGCCCUAGUUUGGUUCAGACGCUUACUUUAGCAAACUGAACCGUAUGAACAGCAGGAAAUCCUACAGCGACAAAAGAACAGCAGCAGAACAUCACACCAGUGAACUGUUCUAACAGUAUGAAGAAAAUAAAAACAUCAAUAUUGAUUUUAAUUUCAAUCUUACUACAGUUUUAACCAAUUUUAAACUAUGAUGAUUUCAGUUUCAGUUGUAAUUAUGUUAACAGUUGCGUCAAGCAUGCACAGUGCACCAAUUUACAUAACUGCAUAGAAAUGCCUGAUAAUGGUUACACAGUGACUGAAACAUGUACAUAAUGGUACUAUGAAUGGUUAAAUAAAACACCAUUACAGAAUGUCACUAGAAUGUUGCAUAGAGCAGGAUGGAAACACAGUUAUAAAUAUUUAAUAUGAUUCCAGUGUUAAACCCUGAAGGACACAUGAACCCAUUUGUAUUUAUUUCACUGAUUCAGUAAAAUCGUGCCAAAUUUGCGCGCUAAAUAUGGUGGUAUAUGACAGCAUCCUAAAAGAAAUUUAGAAAGAUGAGAACAUUUAUGGUGUUUUUGGACAAUCCCAUGCACUAAGGAAAGUGAUGUGUCUGCAGUAGAGUUUCCACUCGUGCUGGAAACAUCUAUGUGCAUUAACACAUCACAUGGCAUUUGUUGCAACAUUCCAUUUCCCACCACCAGGUUUGUGAUGUUGCUUCUAGAAUACAUAUUGUGAACUGAUGUUGGUACUUCAAUUUUUAACUCAUCUAGAGAAAUGAAAAUAUUGAAUGUGGCAUCAUUCUCAUAGCAGUUUUUCUUCCUCUGUUUUGGUGGCAUGACAGUACUGUGUUGCAGGCUGGCUGGGCCAGCCUGUACUGAACACUUUCCCCACUGUUUUGAGAUAGUGAUGCUCUCUUUGUUAUAAGGAGGAAAACUGGUGAAGGAAUUUUAUGUCUAUUUUUGUGGUCAUGAUGUAGCAUGAAGUGUAAUAUACUGCCAUACGUAUUUGCAGAGGAUUGUGGAACUAGAAUAUGACCAAAAGACUCAGUAUGUACAGUUACAUGGUACAGUUUUUAUUCCCAAAAUCAUUAGUGAUUUCUUAUAUGCAGUUGGCUUUCUUGGAAUCUAACCAUAUUUCAUAUUGUAUUAUUAAAACGAAUUUAUUAGUAGUGAAUGAGCUGCAGAAGGCACAAUACCCAGCCUUCUGAAUGCUGUUAUAUAUAUGAUGAUGGGGUGCAUGAUAUAUAUUAUUUUUACUGAGAAGUAUAUAUUUGUUAUUUGUGUAGUGUUGGUUCAUACUCACUGCUAGAUCUGGGCCCUCCACAGCUCUACAUCCCAUGGCUGAGGUUGUAGCAUUCGUUAUUGGGCAGACAUUUUAACUCAUCACAGAGCACACAUCCCCUGUUCCUUUCAUGUACAAGUUCAUUUUAUCACAUUUCAGUAUCAACAUAACUGCUGCUUGUAUGCAUGUGAAUUUUUAAGAGAGGUGGGAACUUUCUUUGCGUAUAUAUGGAUACACCUACAUUUCAUAAUGCUUUAACUGUAGGGUUCCAAAAUGUUUUAUGUAUAUUUGAUUUGCAAAUAAAGCUAAUGAAUUCACAGUCACAUGUAAGGUGUUUUGUAUUUAUUGUUACAACAUGUUGUUCUGAAAUUUUAAACACUUUUCAUAUUUCAUACAGAACAAAGUUUCGAAGGUAUGUAUUAUGAAUUAGUUAUAGUACAGAAUACCAAUAUCAAUAAAGUUUAAGUGUUGUGAGAAACUAUGUCCACUCAGGAGAAAGGAAGCAGCCUUGGCCAUGGUAUGUACCCUACAAUGCUCCUGAGAUUUAUUUCCACGUUUGAGUUGAAUUAGGAUCUGUAGCUGAUCGAUUCUUCAUCAUGAUGGAUUUCUUGAGGUGCAUUUAUUCCUUUUUUUACUUAGUGAUUACUGCACUGUAGUUGCAGAGUCUAGAUUGACUGUUUUGAAAUGUGAUUUAUUUACAUCUGUUAUCCAGUUUUAAUACAUUUUUAUUGCAAUUUGUUUAAUUGUGUGUUGAACCAACGAUUUUCAGUUCUGUAUGCAUGUACAAAGAUUGUGCUUAUAAUUAUCACUAAUAAAGUGUUCACUUUUUAGCGAGU